AUGGAACCCAAAGCAAUGGUCCUCGUCGCAGCAGCAGCCCUCCUCCGGUGGGCAGCAGCGCUUGACUGCAACUGCUCGGCGCCGCCGGCGAACCUGCACGCGUACGACUCGUUAAUUAUCGGAGACGCGACGGCGACCGCGUACGGCCGGGAAGCGGCCCGCAUAAACCUAAACUUGAGCCGGGUGCUGGCCGCGUUUCCGAACGCCGGCAACGAAGACGCGUGCGCCACGUCCGCGGGGCUGGUCGCGUGCCUCGACCCCUAUUUGGCGCGGUCCUGGCGCGCCGUCCACGUCAAUUACGGCCGCGAGGACGCGCGACGCAACGUCUCCGCGGCGGACUACGCGCGGAACCUCGAGACGCUCCGCGACAUGCUCCUGGCGCGGACGACGUGGAAGCUCACGUGGGCGUCGAGCGUCCCGCGCGGCGUUCCGGACGUCCGGCGCCUCGACGCCGCCGCGGAGCGCGUCUUCGCGCGGAACGCGUCGUUCGACGACCUCUCCGCCGUCCUGGACACGAACUGCCGGCUGGAAAACGGGUCGGGCUACCCGGAGACGGCCGGCUGCCCGCGGCUGCAGCGCGGCGACGGCGCGCUAAAGCAACGCGGUGCAUACCUGCUCGGCCUGAACGUCGCCGCGAGUACGCUUGCGAUCUCGGCGGCGGCGGCCGAGAUCAACGACGUCCACGACGAGGGCGGGUCGUCGUCGAGCGACGGCGACGAGGGGCUGCCCGAAUGGGCGGUCGUCGGGAUAUCGUACUCGACGUGUCUGCUCUUCGUCGGCGUCGCGGGCACAGUCGCGCUCUUUUGGCGGCGGCGGAAGCGCCGACGUAUCGACGACGACGAGGCGCUCCUGGAACCGUUACUAGUGGAAAACUCGCAACGCACGCACGGCGUCGUGUUCGACCAAAGAAGCGCGCGCGUGCACGAGGGCGGCAAGGUCAUGUGUGGAGGCUGGUGCUCGAUCUGCGUUCUACUGGCGGCGUUUUGGACCGUCCUGCUUUUGUAUCACUUCCCGCUGCACCAGGAGGGCGACCACAAUUGCGCCUCGCGGUGCCCGGCCGACGCGAACGUGCUGUUCGGCGACAACGCGGUAGACGCAAAUUAUUCGAAGCCGAAUUUGCUUUUCGUCGGAGACUCGAUCUCGGGCCAGAUCGAGCCGCAGGCGCGACGGCUCCUCGCGGCGCACGACCUGGGCACGACGCUCUUCGCGAGCACGGGCAAGGACGGGUACUGCGGCACGAGCGUCGGGCUCCUCGCCUGUGUCGACCCCUACCUGGCCGCGGGCAACUUCACGGUAGCGCACGUGAACUGGGGCAUGCGCGACAUCGCCUGGAAGAUGUACGCCAAGGUGACCCGGGGCGCGUACGCCGCGCACAUGGAGACGCUCUACUGGAAGCUGCGGAGCUCGAUGCCGCCCAACGCCACCAUCAUCUGGGCCACGACGACCCCCGUGCCGUCCUUGUCUGUGUGGAAAUCGAAAUUCGGGCGCCCCACGCCAUCGAUGCGACGUCGUCGCCAAAAACUGCAUCUGCUCGAUGGCGUGGAGUUUUCAGGCCAUCGACGCGACACUGUCCCCGUGACCGCGUCGGCUCGAUGGCGUGGAGGUUCACGAUGGUCCACGCAAUAUUUCUCAGGAUAACCUAACUCUCUGGUUGAUUUCCACACAGGCCCUCGUACAAUAACCGGAAGAACUCGGACGUGCUCGAGGUGAACGACAUCAUCCGGAGCCUCUUCGGGCCGGCCGGCAAGUACCGGGAGGUGAUCAUCAACGACCAGUACGGCACGCUCGUCGACGCGUGCGCGUCGCGGCGCAACGCGUCGGACUGCUUCCCGGAGACGUGCGACUGCCCUGAAGUGCACAAGCACGAGGACAUUCACUUGUCGGAGCUGGGCGCCCGGGCGCUGGGCGUCGCCGCGGCGGCCAAAGUCGCGACGUAUCGAGCCGGGCACUUCGUGCAAACCGCACCCUGGACGGACCGUCGCGACACGCGCGACCGCGAUACGUGGCAGUCGCAGCUGACCGCCUGGCAGCUUGCGCUGCUUUUCCAGGCGAUGCUCGUGGUCUUUGCGAUCGCCGCGGUGGGGUGCUGCCUCGGCUUCGCGCAUCGACGGCGGCGCGCCGCCGUGACGCCGUCGGCGACCUACGGUGCCUUCGACGCCUUCGACAAGCUAUUCACGCCGCCCGCGGUGCCGACGUCGGUGUUUUAG